CUGUUAUCAGUCCUAGUCUAGUGCUCGGAGAUAAAGGAUGAAUUUUUAUCCUUCAAACAGAAAUAUUCCCAUCAAGACUUCUCUAGGAUGGCUGAGAUCAAAGAGGGAAGACGACAUUUGCGGAGAUCUCUGGAGGAUUGAUGAUUCUUUGUAUGACUUGGAGAAAUUUGAAGAUAAGCAUCCUGGAGGGACGGAUUGGAUCAGGUUAGUCAGGGAUAAAAUGAGAUCCCGGAUUAUUUCAGGCAUGGUUAGGGUUAGGAUAGGCAUACUGGCGGGAUGGAUGGGAUUAAAGGGAUGUAUUUUUAUUAAGACAAGUAUUCCGGGGGAACGGAAUGGAUCUGGGAUAAGACAAACUUGGAAUUGCAUUAGAAAUGGGUCUUAUUAUGGGCUUCAGAUCUACACAGUUUUGCACUGUGCAGAUACGAAGUUUCCAAAUUUAAUAAAUUUCAGACAUACUUUUCAUGAGGAUGGAUUCUUUAAAACAUUACAAAACAAAGCCCGACCCAUUCUCUCAGCUACUGGAACAGGACCAGACUGGAGAUCUAAACUCAUCCAAGAUAUUCUCACAGUGAGUUUUCUUCUUCUUCUCUUCUUAACUAGCAGGAAACAGAGUUUGGUUCUCUCCCUUCUCACAGGGAUACUUCUGGGCAUGCAAACUAGCUGUGCUCAUAACUGGUUUCAUCUUAGAGAUUCCCAGGGCUGGAGAAGAUACUUUUUCGAUCUGUCUCUCCUAUCUCACAGAGACUGGAGGAUCAGUCAUGCGCUCUCCCACCAUCUACACACCAAUACAUUCUCAGAUAUAGAGGUAACAGCCGUUGAACCCUUUAUGUCCUUCCUGCCUGAGAAGAAGGGAUGGAUUCUCCGCAACCUAUCUCCGAUCUACCUUCAUCUCAUGUUCUUCCUUGCAGUCCCAGUAGAGUUUAUCAAGAGAUGUAUCCAGGUUCUCUCUGGAGCACAGACUUUACUCCCGGAGAACAUUCUACCCGUCCUAGAAUUUGCUCUGCUUUUAUCAUCAAUGGAUCUUUUCACAGCAUUCAAAUUCUGGUUUAUCAUUCACGGGUUGGCUGGGUACUGGUUGAUUAUUACUAGUGUUACCACUACUCAUCAUCAUCCGGAGCUUUAUCACGCAGGAGAUACUCCCAGACUGGAUUCAGACUGGGGUUUGCAUCAGGUGGAUACUGUUAGGGAUCUGGAGAAACCCUGGCUUCCCCUCGUUCUAACCACCUUCGGGGACCAUCUUCUCCACCAUCUCUUCCCAGCUGUAGAUCAUUCCAGGCUUCCUCUCCUGUAUCCUGCUCUGUACCAGACCCUAGCCGAGUUCCAAGUAUCCUACCCGACCAGGAGUUUACCACAAAUGGUGAAAGGACUAAACUUACAGCUCAGGAAGACGGAACCUACGGAUAGAUCAAACAAUUAAAGAACCUGGGAAAUCACACCUAAAAAUAUUUAUAUUUUAAUAACAGUCAUUGCAAAGCUUUAAUUUAAUUUUCCUUUCUAUAAAGUAAGAAUUCGAUGAAUCAGGUGUAAAUGAGUGUUUGUUUUGUAUACAUACAGUACAAUAGAAUUGUAUUUUUAGUAAUUUGCACAAAUUAUUCAUGUAAAUUUUUUAAAAUACUAGGCUCUUUAUAAAGGAAUUGAGUUUUUGUAACAACUUCAGAUUUUAUAAACCCCUAAAUAAUUGCAAUUACAGCAAAAUGUUGUUAUAUAUAUUUAUAGAAAAUUAGAGCUUGUGGUGCCAAAGAAUCAAUUCCUUUCAGGGUUAUUUCGGGAAUGUUUUAACAUGGUUUAAAAGAAGAUUUUAAAAAUAGAACUUCAAAUUUUUUG